AAGGAAUCUCCGUUCUUGGCUGCCGGAAAAUAUUUCUGAAAAAAUGACCGGUAAGCAAGCAGAAUUUUAUUUACAUGAAAAGACCCAUGUUUCUGCUGAGUUUAGAGGCUGUGAUGUAAAUUGUUUAGAAGUGUAUGUACGUAAUUUGGAAACACCAUUAGGGAAGAUUCCAGAAGCAGUUUUGAGAGCAACAGAUAUAAUUCAUUUUGACAUAAAUGAUAUUAAUACUGUACAAUAAUGUUUUCCAUUACUGUCAGUGUCCAUCGUGCUGUUACGUGGUCUAUAUGGUCGCGCUAAGAAACGACACGGGCGAAGUAAACAAAACGUGGAAAGACGCUCUCGUUAAAAUGCUUCGCGGACGAUUCAUCUUUGCCGUGAUAUUGGCGAACGUUAUACUCGUCGGUGAUGGUAGAACGAUAGAAAAUCGGCUGGCCAAGAUCGACACCGCGAAGACGCUGGAUCCUGGUGAAGAUUUCACCGAGAGAAAACAUAAAAUACUGAAGAGAAACGAUCAUUUAGGAGAAUCGUGUCCCUACGGAAGCAAAGAGAUGUGCUUAAUUUUUUCUCUGUCAAGAAUCGCUAACGUUCGAGUGGCUGUUCCGGAUCAGAGAUCGCAGGAUCGCAGUCUAAAGACGAGGAUGUUCGACGUCGGAUCGAGAAAUACCGGGAACUCGCAGUUCGACCGAAGAAUCAAGGAAAGUAACGAAAACGUUCAAGAUUUCUCGAAGGAACAGAUCAAAUCGCCGAGCAACGUCCAUUGUAAAGCGAUUCGCGACGUUUACAUACCGGAAGUGAAACAGAACCUGCCAGCCUUUGGUUGCGUGCUUGGAAAUAAUACGUUCAUUAUAUCGAGCGCGAGAUUCCUUCAAGAUCGACGACGGUAUUUAACUAUAAACGUGAACGAGAAUACUCUAAAUAACAUAAAGUAUCCGCAGAAGGUUUCCAGGAGCAACGAAGUGAGCAUCAUACCAACCCUGCUCGUUCUAAACGUCGCGAACGACUACAACAGCGAUUAUAGAAUACAGAUGCAUACGAAUACAAACGAAAAGUCAAUCGACCGGGAGGAAAUCGAUAAGAAACUAUCGCGCAAGUAAUCGUAUCUUAUAGGAAGUUCGAA